UUACUCAAAUCAUCGAGUGCGGCCCCACAAAAUUGCCGCCAGCACCGGAACUCAUUACUUGUUAUCAGUGUCACCCUGUUACAGUAUUUGUUACAAGCACUCACUCUCUUAUAUAUGGAACGUUUAGUUUUAGAAUAAUAAAAAUCAAAUUGAAAACAAUGGUUGUAAUGGAAGAUGAUUCGUUCAAGAAGCCAGGAGCAGUUCCAUUCAAAUGGGAAAUCAAACCCGGACUCCCCAUUCCCCACCAUCAUCACAACCCGGAAUCUCCCUCAUUCAGGCUCAAACCACCGCCGCAACUCGGGUCCUACAAGUUAUCUCCGGUGGAGCCCCGAACACGAUCCUUCCGGUCAAACUCUAAGGUCCGUUCUAAUAGAUGGAGAUUUGAACGGCCGCUCCUUUCCCAACCUGAGAUAGUGACCUCUUCCGGUUGUUUCUUCUCGCCUUUCCUGAAGCGUUUACGGAGCAAGAAGACGGUUCCGAAGAGAGUGGUGGAGCCCGAUUAUACAUCGGAGGUGGAUACGAUUAGUCGGUGGUCUUUGUUGUCGACUAAAUCACCCUCGCCGUUCCGGCCUUCCACGGUGUCGUCUUCUGUCGCGUCGUCGCCGCAGCUCGUUGGUGAUGUUGAAUGGGCCGGGUUCGGGCUUUUCUGAAAUAAUAGUUUGGUUUUUAAGUGUAUAUUUUUGUGAGAGUUUGUAGGUAAAAGAUAAAGAAAUCGUAGUUGAAUAAUAUAUUUGGAAAACUAUUAUAGCCACAUACAUACCCCCGGGUUCAUGGCUCAGGUGCUUAUAUUAGAGAGACUUUUGUUUUUGUUGGUGUUUAAAUUAAGAGUAGUCCUAUUUAGUACGAAGUAAUUUGAAGAAGAAAUGUAAAAAUGAGUAUGUGUCACUAUUUUAGUGGUAAAUUUUAAAUUAAUUUUAAAUUUAACUUCCUUUUUAAUAGGGAUCAUAUGGUUGUU